CCCUCCCUCCUUCCCUUCCCCAUCUCUCCCCACCUCCCUUCUCAAGCCCCACCGCUCCAUCUCCUUUUCCUAAAUAAGGUUCGGCAUCGCAGCCCGUCUCAUCGUGGCAAGAGACCCCGGCUUGGGAAAGCUUCAGGGACUCCGGAGACCACCCCCCAACCCGUCCGGCCCAGAUUUCUAACGAGAAGAGCCAAGGGAGUCCCAGAGGAGGCCCUGAGAAGCGGGAGGGGGGGCUGGGGAGGGGGCGCAGGGCCCGGCUGGAAGGGGAGGGUCCUGCCUCCCUUGCCUCUGAAUCCCUCGCCGUCCUCCCCACCCGCCGCCUCCCCUCCCCACCACACUCGAGAGACGCCGUCUUGAGACUCCGGGGGUCGCGACUCCGUGAAGGGCCCCAGCGCUGGGCCGCUCGGGGAUCGCCGUUGUCUGGGGUCCCGGAGGCGCGUGGCGGCGGGGGGCAGGCGACCCUCCCCCAUGGGCUUACAGCAUGCCGGUCCGGCGGGGGCACGUGGCCCCCCAGAACACCUUCCUGGACACCAUCAUCCGCAAGUUUGAGGGGCAAAGCCGGAAAUUCAUCAUCGCCAACGCCCGUGUGGAGAACUGCGCCAUCAUCUACUGCAACGAUGGGUUUUGUGAUCUCUGCGGCUACACCCGGGCUGAAGUCAUGCAGAAGCCGUGCACUUGCGACUUCCUGUACGGGCCUCGAACCCAGACCAGUGCCAUGGCUCAGAUCACCCAGGCCCUGCUGGGCUCCGAGGAGCGGAAGGUGGAGAUUUGCUUCUAUCGGAAGGACGGCAGCUGCUUCCUGUGCCUGGUGGACGUGGUACCAGUGAAGAAUGAGGAUGGCGCCGUCAUCAUGUUCAUUCUCAACUUUGAGGUGGUGGUGGAUCGGGCCCUGUUGACCAGCUCAGCCAAGAACACCAACCACUGGGUGUCGCCGGCCGCCUGGUUGCCCACAGGUCGCGGCAAAUCUUUCCGUCUGAAGCUGCCGGCGCUGCUCGCCCUGGCCGGGAGUAAGCAGUCCCUGCCGCAAGACGAUCCGGAUGAAGCCGUGGUGGUGGACCUGUCCAAGCCGAGCAGCGAGUCCAUGGCGCUGGAUGAGGUCACCUCCUCCCUGGACCAUGCCUGCCUGGGCUGCGAGGAAGAGGAAGAGCCAGAGCCGGAGGACCGGCGUGCCUUGAUGGAGCACCGGGGGGAUGGUGGUAUGGACCCCCCGGUCACACACUCCUCGCCCCGGACAGACAAGGCCACCCUCCUCCACCUGGAGGCCUCCUUCUCCAACUGCAGCCUGACCCGCAGCCGCUCGCGCGAGAGCUUCUACAGCGUGCGCCGGGCGUCCUCGGUGGACGACAUUGAAGCCAUGAAGGGCGAAGGGGAGAAAGGCUGGGCCCACAGCCGGCACGCCAGCACAGCAGGGGCCAUGAACAACGUGCGGAGCCACCUGCUCAACUCCACCUCCGAUUCGGACCUCAUGCGUUACCGGGCAAUAAGCAAGAUACCUCAGAUCACCCUCAAUUUUGUGGACUUCAAGGCCGAGGCCUUCCUGACCUCGCCCUCCAGUGAGAAGGAAAUCAUCGCCCCCAGCAAGCUGAAGGACCGCACACACAACGUUACCGAGAAGGUCACCCAGGUGCUGUCACUGGGCGCUGAUGUCCUCCCCGAAUACAAGCUGCAGGCCCCCCGCAUCCAUAAGUGGACCAUUCUGCACUACAGCCCCUUCAAGGCGGUCUGGGAUUGGCUGAUCCUACUGUUGGUCAUCUACACGGCCAUCUUCACCCCGUACUCGGCAGCCUUCCUGCUGAACAACAAGGAGGGGCGGGACCACCCCCAAGUAGGCUGCAGCUACUCCUGCAGCCCCCUCAACGUGGUGGAUCUGAUCGUCGACAUCAUGUUCAUCAUCGACAUCUUGAUCAACUUCCGCACCACCUACGUCAACACCAACGAGGAGGUGGUCAGCCACCCGGCCAAGAUCGCCAUCCACUACUUCAAGGGCUGGUUCCUGAUCGACAUGGUAGCGGCCAUCCCCUUCGAUCUGCUCAUCUUCGGCUCCGGUUCGGAGGAGACCACCACCCUGAUUGGGCUGCUGAAGACGGCGCGGCUGCUGCGCCUGGUGCGCGUGGCCCGCAAGCUGGACCGCUAUUCAGAGUACGGUGCGGCGGUGCUCUUCCUGCUGAUGUGCACCUUCGCCCUGAUUGCACACUGGCUGGCCUGCAUCUGGUAUGCCAUCGGCAACAUGGAAGGCAAGACCAUCGGCUGGCUGCACUCGCUGGGUGGACAGAUCGGCAAGCCCUUCAAUGACAGCACACCGCACCUUGGCCCCAGCAUCAAGGACAAGUACAUCACUGCCCUUUACUUCACCUUUAGCAGCCUCACCAGUGUUGGCUUCGGCAACGUGUCCCCCAACACCAACCCCGAAAAGAUUUUCUCCAUCUGCGUCAUGCUGAUCGGCUCACUGAUGUAUGCCAGCAUCUUUGGGAAUGUGUCGGCCAUCAUCCAGCGGCUGUACUCCGGCACCGCACGCUACCACACCCAGAUGCUGCGGGUGCGAGAGUUCAUCCGCUUCCACCAAAUCCCCAACCCCUUACGCCAGCGCCUAGAAGAAUAUUUUCAACACGCCUGGUCUUACACCAACGGCAUCGACAUGAAUGCGGUGCUGAAGGGAUUCCCCGAGUGCCUGCAAGCCGACAUCUGCCUCCACCUGAACCGCACCCUGCUGCAGAACUGUCGUCCCUUCCGGGGCGCCAGUAAGGGCUGCCUGCGCGCCUUGGCCAUGAAAUUCAAGACAACCCACGCUCCGCCCGGGGACACCCUGGUGCAUGCAGGGGACGUCCUCACCGCCCUCUACUUCAUCUCCCGUGGCUCCAUCGAGAUCCUCCGGGGGGACAUGGUGGUGGCCAUCCUAGGGAAGAACGAUAUUUUUGGGGAGCCGCUCAACCUCUAUGCACGGCCCGGCAAGUCCAAUGCGGACGUGCGAGCCCUGACGUACUGCGACCUGCACAAGAUCCACCGGGAAGAUCUCUUGGAGGUGCUGGACAUGUACCCGGAGUUCUCUGACCAUUUCUGGUCGAACCUGGAGAUCACAUUCAACCUGCGAGAUACGAACAUGAUCCCGGGUUCACCUGGCAGCGACGAGAUGAAUGAGGGCUUCAACCGGCUGCGGCGACGCAAACUCUCCUUCCGACGGCGCACUGAGAAAGACGAGCACCUGGGGGAAUCGAGGUCCCAGCCCAAGGCGCUGCACCUGGGCCAGAACUGCCAGGCCCCCACCGCCCCCAAGUGGGAGCCCUGCCUUAGCAGCUCAGCUGCGUCCAGCCCCGCCUCCAGCGACGAGGAGGAGACUCCUGUCCCCAUCUCCAGGGUCACAGAGUUGUCGCCUUUCCAUGUGGCUAUGGGGCCCCUGGCCAUGCCUCCCUCUGCAGCCCCCCCUGAGGAGCAGAGCAGCGACUCCUGCAACCCGCUCUCUGGAGCCUUUUCAGGCGUGUCAAAUAUCUUCAGCUUCUGGAGUGAGAACCGAGAACGGCAGUACCAGGAGCUGCCCCGCUGCCCCACUUCUGCCCACCCCACCCUCAACCUCCCCCUGGCUGGCAGCAGCAGCCUCCCCUCCAGCAGGCGGCAUCGCACCGAGCUGGAAGGCCGCCUGGACCUGCUCCAGAAGCAGCUCAACAGGCUGGAGAACCGCCUGACCACGGAUGUGGCCUCCAUCUUGCAGCUGCUACAGCGCCAAGCCAUCCUGGUGCCUCCUGCCUAUAGCACCGUCUCGUCUCCACAGCCCCCACUGAGCACGGAGCCCUCCUCGGGGGAGCACCCCCUGGCUCUUCCCCCCAUCCUGGCCCAGGCGCUCUGCACCCGGACACAGAUGCCUCAUUUUCCGGCUCCCCGAGUGGAUGCCCCCGAGUCCAGUGGUGAGGUGGUGUUGUUGAUGGAGCCGCCCUCCAUGGCCUCUCGGCGCCUUUCGCUCCCAGGACAGCUGGCCAAUGCGGGGGGGCCAGACUUGCCUUCUGAUUUGCACAGACACUGCUCGGACCCCGGCAGUUAAUGGACUCUGGACCUAGGCCCAGGCGAGGAUCUCUUCACAAUGGGGAGCAGACAGUGGACAAGGAUUGCCAGGAGCCCGCGCAGCCCACCCGAGGGGUAGCUGCCUGGUAUGGCCAAGCAGGGCUAGCCACUCUCCCUUAACGACGUUAGCUGGCCUAACAGAUGGGCAGAUCCCAGAGGAUGCCUGGGGGACUGGUGGGAAGGCUGCAAGAAUUGUGGACGACAAUGUCGUGCAGGACACAAGGAUGAUGCAGGUGGAGCCGACGGGACGCUGACAGCGAGGAUCUGAGCGUCCUUCGGGACCCUGAACUUUGUGGUGUACCAUCCUUCAUGGGUUCCGGGGUUUCGAUCAAUCCAGCUGACUGAGCAAGGAGUCCAGGAGGAAAAGUGGCGUUCCUCCGCAGCCCCCAAGCUGGAACACCUGAGGAGGGCAGAUGGGGACACCUCCCCAUCCCCUUCUGGGGAGUCUUUGCAGAGCCUGCUUUCUUUUUUGAGAGACUCUCUCCCCUCCAGGACUUUCAUAAUCCCCCCCUUGCUUCACCAAAGCAAUUUCUCCGUGGUGAGGGGAGGCUCCAGCUGAGCAAUAAUUCAAAGCCCCUUGAGUCCAUUGGGGGGGACGGGACCGUUGGGGAUCGGAGCAGCCUGCAUGGGAGAGCGGAGUUCAGCCCAUAGGUCAUUGUGGAUGGGCAGGUGUGGGUCAUUUACUGCUGGAUCACUCCAGGAGUGGUAUUCACUUACCUUCGCUACCGGUUCACCUGAACCGGAUAGAACCAGCUGAAUGCCACCACUGGAUCACUCCCCCCCCCUCACUUAGAAUCCAGGCUGUGUUCACAGCCCCUCCCCAUUACACAUGGGACUGCAGGCAGGGCAUCUCUCCCCAUCUCUGUAAGGGGGCGCAUUCUCUGCACGCAUGCACCCCACUUUCUCAGCCAUUCCUAAAUGUUCCCACUGAUGGAAAAACAGGGUGCAGGGGGACGCGGUAGAGAAUGGAUGGAGGUCCCUGUUCCUUCCCAUGUCCCACUGCAUAGGUACCCCCCUCCCCAUUAAAGCAGCAGCCCACUGGAUGCAACCCCCUUCCUGUCCCUCCCCACCUCCUGGCCCUCUCGCUUGGUAGCGGGAGGGUAGGUUCCAUCAAAGGGGAGCCGACAUCUUCCCCCACCCUGCAGGUCUCCAGAUCCCCCCCUUCCCCGCUUGCCCCACACAACUGAAUGAAGCACGCAACAUUUCCCCCCUCCCCCGCAUGCUGUCCUCAGCAGUAGCAACAGAUGCCCAAUAAAUAUGGAGUGGAUGACUUAA